CACCUCCUACCAGGCCCCACCUCCAACACUGGGGAUCCAAUUUCAACAUGAGAUUUGGAGGGGCCAAACAUCCAAAUCAUAUAGAUGAGUAUAGUAAAUUAUUUCCCAUUUUGGACUAGGAUUACAAAGGGCUGCAUCUUAUAAGUAAAGAGUAAGCAAUAAAAAAGCAACUUUAAAUGGACUGGUUUUGAAAAGAAGAACAAGGCUGGAACACUUGUCCUUUCUUCCUUUUUUUUUUUUUUUUUCAGAAACCCCUUUGUUGAAGUCUGAUUUACACAUAAAAAGCUUCACGUUUAAUGUAUGUAUCUCGAGUUUGGGACUAAGUAUACACACCCCUGAAACCAUCACCACCAUCAAAAUGAUAGGAAGACAUUCUUUCUGAUAUCAGUAUCUAAAAUAAAGUUAUUGUAAUUUAAGUAAUAUGGUAUAGGUGUAAGACAAAUAGACCAAAGGAAAAUAAUAAGAGAGCUUAGUUACAGACCCUGCAUAAAAAAACUCUUUCUAUAAAACAGAAGUGGGUAUUGCAGAGCUAUGGGAAAGGGACAGUUUUGCUCAAUAAAUGUUGUACAGCCCAUCGAUAAUUUAUAUUUUAAAAAUAAAAUUGGUCUCUUGCAUCAUGCCAUGUACAAAAACCAGUCCAAGGUGGAUUAUUUACCAAAAUGUGAAAAAUGAAUCAAUAAAAUUUUAAGUAAAUAAAUGGAGAAUAUCUUCAUGACCUUGAGUCAGAGAAUGAUAAUAAACAUUGACAAAAUAUACUACAUUAAAAUAAGAUGUACUGUACAGCAAAAGAUACCACUACAAGUGAAAGCAGAAAGCCACAAGAGAAGAUAUUUGUAAUGUAUGUAAUUAGUAAUGGAUUAGUGUGCAGAAUAUAUAAAAAAAUCUUUCAAAUGAAUAGGAAAAAUGACAAUAAAAUAGAAAAAGAGGCAAAGUCUUCAAUAGGCACGAUAGAAAAGAGAAAAUAAAAUGUCUAAUAAAGACACGCUGAAGGUCAGCCUCAUUAUUAGUUAUGAGGGAAGUUCAAACGCAGCUCACAAUGAGAUGCCACUGCAAACAUAACGGGGUGGCCACAAUGAAAAAGUCUGGUACUACCAAAUAUUGAUGAUAGUGUGGAGCACCUGGAACGUUAAUGAAUUGCCGCUGGUGGGAGAUUUGGAAAAGUUUACCAGUAUUUACAAUAUGCCCUCCCCUAUUACCAGCAAUUUCACUCCUAGAUCUAUACCCUACAGAAAUGCCUGCUUAUGUGUUCUAGGAUGCAUGGUCAAAAAUGCUCAGAGUAGCACAAUUCACAACAGCCAGACGCUGGAAACAACUCAGAUAUCCACCAGAAGUAGAUUAGAUAAAUACGUUUUACUGGAUGAAGACAAAAGAUCACUUUACAGCAAUGAAAAUGGAUGAAUUAUAGUUACAUGUAACAUGGAUAAAUUCCAGAAACAAUGCGGAGCAGAAGAUAAAAGAUGACUCAUUACAGCAUUCUACGCUGUGAGAGAGGCACAGCAAUGCACAAGUUACCAGAGUACCAUACAAAGCUAACGUGCAUCAGAGAGACGUCAGAACUGAAAGGGAGCACCUGGAAUUGCUGUCCUGUUCUCUGGAGAGCCUUCCAGUCCAACUGCUUUCUUCCUCUUAAUGACAACAAGUCGUGGGCUGAGAGUGAAAGAAACUGUUCAGGCAUGGGGGCUCAUCUGGCGACCAUCAGCACAGAACCUGAGCAGAACUUUAUUAUACAAUUUUUGGAUAGACAAUUUUCGUAUUUCCUAGGACUUACAGAUGAGAACACUGAAGGUCAGUGGCGCUGGGUGGACCAGACGCCAUUUAACAUGCAUAUGGUGUUCUGGCAUAAGGGUGAACCCAACAAACUUAAGGAAGAAAACUGUGUUGUUCUUCUUUAUAAAAACGAUAAAUGGUCCUGGAAUGGUAUUCCUUGUAACCGUGAGAGAUACAGAAUUUGUAAGAUACCUGCAACAGUACUCAACUAGAAACUUAUGAAGUGCUCCUUAUAAUGGAGACAGAAAAGAAGAACCAAUUAGAAUGUACACGCGUCAUUGGAAUAGAGAAAGCUGUUCCAUGCUGGGUCAUAGAACAUUUUUAAUAUUUAUUUUUGUUCAAUUCAUUCAAGAUAAUGUUUGUGUAUGUGUGUCUAUGGUGUGUAUAUGUCUGUCUGUCUCUGUGCAUGUGUUAAGAUAGCACAUUUGUAUGGCGCUUUGAUGAAAGGAAUCAUCUUUUCUGUGGAAACCAGUUUUUAUUAUCUUUGUUUUCUUGAUGGUAUUUCAGGGUAUUUUUCAAUUGGUAUGUAUUGACUAUUUUUUUAACAGAAUGGCUUGAAAUUUCUUUGUCAUUUUUCCUCUGCUCAGAUUCUUAGCUUUUAAAAUUCAAAGGUGGGGUAUUCUAACUGGUCGUAGUACAUCAUUUUUUAACUCAAAUAUCACAAACACUUUACAGAUUUUAAACAUUUUUAUUGUUUGAUGCUUCAUUUUCAGACUUUUUGAUAAUAUCAGUCAUUAUAUUGACAUUCUAUGAGCAACAUUUCUCCAGAUCAACACUAUAGGUAGUUCUGAAUUAUGGUAUUGCACGUGCACAAAAAAAUAAGUCCAUAUACCUUUUUAAAAAAAUUACUUCUUACUCCACCCUAAAUAUCAUCUCAAAGCAGAAAUUCUCAAGCUGACUUAAUUUCUUUUUGAGUGGCAAAGUCCUUUACAGGCCCCUUUAACCAAACUCCUUCAAUUCUUCUGCUGAGGAAAUGAAAUUCUUGGGUUCACUUCACAUUGCUAGUUCAUGGCAGACCAGAACUAUAGCCCAGACCUGUGCUUCAUUAGAGAUGAAAUAUAUUCCCUGUGGUAUUACAGGACAGUUACUGGAGAUGACUUGGCCUCUUGGCUAACAGAUAAAAUUUCUUAAUUAUUUGAAGUAACAUUGUAUUAAUAUCAGCACCUUCAUAUUUUAGUUUGAAUCAGAAAGAAUCACAUUUUCAACUCAUUUAUAUAAAUUGUUAACAUAAAGCUAUAGUUCAAACUAGCAAGGAAGUCAUUAUUUUGACAGCUAGAAAUUACGCUUUUCUGAUAUAUGUGGUAUUGGUUGUGAAGCAGUCAUAUUCAACUUUACCAAAAUAUGGUGGUUGUUCUUAAAAUUCUCAAUUUGCUGAUGUUUUUUGGAUCUAAGCUGAAAAAUUUCAAGCAAUAGCUUUCAACCUAACUUUUCUACCACUGUUUUUACAAACAGUAUUUACUUUGUAAAUUAGUUAUUGAUUUUCUGGGUUUGGAAUAAUAAUGUUUGAUUAUGUGUGGUGAUGUGUGUGUGUGUGUGUGCGUGUGUGUGUGUGUGUGUGUGUGUGUGUGUGUGAAUUUAAAGCUGAUACUUUUAACUGAAGUGGUGCUAAGUAACUUUAAUUGUUUGUAAAUUUCACUAAAUUACAUAGCACAAAACCUACAAAAACUGUUGAAGUAACCAUGCAAAUGCUAAUGGGCUUUGUAUAGUUAAUAUUAUCCAUUUUUAAAUUGUAUAAAACUGUAUAUAGAUAGAGAUUCUGCUGGCAAUAAAAUGUGAUAUAUUUUUUAUUUUA